AUGGAAGAUAAGAAUCAGACUGAAGUGACUGAAUUUCUUUUCUUGGGUCUCACAGACAUUCUCCAAGAGCAGAUUGUCCUCUUUGUCAUGCUCUUCAUUGUCUAUCUUGUCACCCUGGGGGGUAACAUAGGGAUGAUCAUUCUCAUAUGGACUGAUCUCAGAUUCCACACUCCUAUGUACUUUUUUCUCAGCCACUUGUCCUUUGUAGAUAUUUGUUCCUCUUCUUCCAUUGCCCCCAAGAUGCUGUGUGAUAUCUUUGCAGAGAAAAAAGGUAUCUCUUUCAUGGGUUGUGCUACACAGAUGUGGUUCUCUGGUUUCUUUGUGGCAACUGAAUGUUUCCUCCUGGCUUCCAUGGCAUAUGACCGGUAUAUGGCUAUCUGUAAGCCCUUGUUGUAUACACUCAUCAUGUCCCAGAGGGUCUGUGUGCAGCUGGUAGUAGGGCCUUAUGCCAUGGCUCUUCUAAGCACAAUGACCCAUACAAUUCUCACUUUUCGCUUACCCUUCUGUGGUACCAAUAUCAUCAAUCACUUCUUCUGUGACAUUUCACCACUGCUUUCCUUAGCAUGUGCAGACACCUUGAUCAAUAAAUUAGUGCUGUUCAUCUUGGCUGGAGCUGUAGUAAUGCUCAGUGGCUUGAUCAUCAUGGUCUCCUAUGUUUGCAUCCUGGUGGCCAUCUUGAAGAUGCAGACUGCUGAUGGGAGAAGGAAAGCUUUCUCCACCUGCUCUUCUCACCUGGCAGUUGUCUCCAUCCUGUAUGGGACUCUUUUCUUUAUCUAUGUUCAGCCUGGCUCAAGUCCCUCCCUGGAUAUCAAUAAAGUGAUUUCUCUGUUUUAUACCGUGGUGAUCCCCAUGUUAAACCCCCUCAUCUACAGCCUGAGGAACAAGGAGGUAAAAAAUGCACUCAGGAGGAAGUUUGAAAGGAAAAAUUCUCUAAUGGUUUUGGCAAAAUAG